AUAGUGACAGUCCAAUUGUAAAUUGCAACAAAGGCAUCAAAACCCAGAACCCAAUCAUCUUUUAUUGCAAGCUUUUGCGCAUUGGAAUUUGGAGGCCUUAAAAAAGAUGCGAUGCUACACGCAAACUAGUAGUACAAGUCCAAUAAGAAAAGCAACAUAGAGAGAUUGGCCAAUUCUCUGGCUAGCUCACAUCUCAUUUAACACAAUUCCCUGUUGCUGAUACUUACACACACUUCAAUUCAAGUUUCAAACUUGCUUAACCAUGGAACGGUAUGAGAUAAUCAAAGAUAUUGGGUCAGGGAACUUUGGUGUCGCAAAGCUCGUCAAGGAAAAAUGGACUGCUGAAUUAUACGCUGUCAAGUUCAUUGAGAGAGGCUUCAAGAUUGAUGAGCACGUGCAAAGAGAGAUUAUAAAUCACAGAGCUUUGAAGCACCCCAAUAUCAUUAGAUUCAAAGAGGUGUUACUUACUCCAACUCAUCUUGCAAUAGUCAUGGAAUAUGCUUCCGGGGGAGAACUGUUUGAAAGAAUAUGUAGUGCUGGGAGAUUCAGUGAGGACGAGGCAAGAUAUUUCUUUCAGCAAUUGAUUUCUGGAGUCAGCUAUUGCCAUUCAAUGGAAAUUUGCCAUAGGGAUCUUAAGCUGGAAAACACACUUCUAGAUGGAAGCUCAGCACCACGACUUAAAAUCUGCGACUUUGGUUACUCAAAGUCAUCAGUUCUGCACUCCCAGCCAAAAUCUACUGUAGGAACCCCUGCCUAUAUUGCACCAGAGGUUUUGUCAAGAAAAGAAUAUGAUGGGAAGGUUGCAGAUGUUUGGUCUUGUGGGGUGACCUUAUAUGUGAUGUUGGUUGGUGCAUAUCCUUUUGAAGACCCAGAAGACCCAAGAAACUUCAGAAAAACACUUCAGAGAAUUCUUAGCGUCCACUAUUCUAUUCCAGACUAUGUACGUAUCAGUAAAGAGUGUAGACACCUUUUGUCUCGAAUAUUUGUGGCCAACCCAGAAAAGAGAAUUAACAUACCAGAGAUAAAAAUGCACCCUUGGUUCCUGAAGAACUUACCAGUAGAAUUUAUGGAGGAGGGAGAAGGAGUGUUGCAAAAUGACAUGAAGGAAUCGUGUGAGACUCAAAGCAUUGAAGAAAUAUUGUCCAUAAUUCAAGAGGCUAGAAAACCGGGUGAGGGCCCAAGAGUUGGUGAGCAAUUUGUUGGGGGCAGCAUGGACCUUGAUGACAUCGAUGCAGAUGCUGACAUCGAUGAUAUUGAGACAAGCGGUGAUUUUGUCUGUGCUUUGUGAACAAUGAUGCCUGCAAUGUUUUUGCACUCUGCACACCAAUUCUCCCUGAAAAGCAGUUUAAGAUAAGAUGUUCAUUAACGAGAUGGAUAGGGAAUCAAACAAAACCUCUCUACCAUGGUUUUUGAUUUUCCUUUCAUUGCAAGUUAGCUUGUCUUCUUCUUGCUUUAGUGUUUUCGCACUUGGCCAAAAUAAUCACACUGUAAGAUAUGUUAUAUUCACUUUCUCUCUUUAUGUAUAAAAAAUAAUUUUCGAA